ACUGCUGUCCGAGAUGGCAUUUUGGUCCAGCACUCCAGUUUUCACCUCUAAAGUGCCUCGGAAGAUUUUAUUCAUGUUCACUCUCUCGCUCUCUGUCACGUACCUGUUCUACAGCUUGAUGAGCUGCUACAACUCGCUUCAGUUCCCCUUGCAGGAGAACUACUUGUACCAAGCGAGGCUGGUGACAGAGGAGUCAACUUUCACUGUACUAAGAGAGAAACUUUAUUCCGCCACAUCGCAGUCUUAUUUCGGGGAAGACGCGCUGCGCAUCACCACGGAGCAGACCCUGUCUGGAUAUGCUUUCACCAAAAGCGACGGGAGGGCAGCGGAGUGGGUCAAAACCCAGCUGGCUCCCACUGAAAUGAUCACGGCGCAGAAUGCGCUGUUCGAUAGGGAGCACCAAGAGUCGAGCACUACGGACGACGAUCUGAACAGGCGAGGGAAUAGCACCCCCGAUUAUGGAGAGAAAAAGCUGCCUCAAGCCAUUAUAAUUGGCGUCAAGAAAGGAGGCACUCGGGCUCUUUUGGAAGCGUUGCGCGUCCACCCCGAUGUGCGGGCAGUUGGAGUUGAACCUCAUUUUUUUGAUCGAAACUACGAAAAAGGAUUCGAUUGGUACAGGGAUCUGAUGCCCUCAACCCUCGAAGGACAGAUCACCAUGGAAAAAACUCCCAGUUAUUUUGUGACCACGGAAGCUGCAAAGCGAAUUCACUCCAUGGCCCGGGAUAUUAAACUUAUAGUUGUGGUUCGUAAUCCCGUCACCAGGGCCAUUUCAGACUACACUCAAACGUUGUCUAAGAAACCAGAAAUUCCCAGCUUCGAAGUGCUGGCAUUCAAAAACAGGACACUUGGGCUGGUCGAUGCUUCCUGGAGUGCCCUUCGGAUAGGGAUCUAUGCCCUUCAUCUGGAGAGAUGGCUGCAGUAUUUCCCACUUUCCCAAAUGAUUUUUGUCAGUGGAGAAAGGCUUAUCGUUGAUCCGGCAGGGGAACUAGCCAAAGUGCAGGACUUUCUUGGGCUCAAAAGGAUCGUAACAGAUAAGCAUUUCUAUUUCAAUAAGACCAAGGGGUUUCCCUGUUUAAAGAAGCCCGAGGACAGCAGCGCUCCAAGGUGCCUGGGCAAAUCCAAAGGCAGAACUCACCCAAAAAUCGAGCCGGAUGUAAUCCAUCGGCUACAGAAGUUUUACAAACCAUUUAACAUGAUGUUUUACCAAAUGACUGGACAGGAUUUCAAGUGGGAGGAGGAAGAAAACCGAUGAACCAGAGUAUUGAUUUUAUGGAAGGCUUACUAAGCAAAAAAACAACAAAAAAAAUUAUAUAUAUAUAUAUAUAUAUAUAUAUAAAUAAAUAAGACAACAAAGCUUCUCAAAAAGUAUGAAAAUUCUUGAAAGUUUGAGUUGCUUUUCAUGACCACCUUAUGAACCCAAAUGUUUCUUUUAUUUAUUUAUUUAUUUAUUUUCAGAUUUGUUUUUACAAUGUAAUUUUAAUUUGUGGUAAUUUCGACGAUGAGAUCAUUGUACUAAAGAAAUAGUGAAUGAAAGUGAAACAAAGGUCCCAUUGUGAAAUCUGACUCAGUUCAAGUGUCCUUAAUACAUGAUCUCUAAUAUUAAAGAGGAUAUCGACCCCCAUGGAUUGCUAUAGUUGGCUUGAUAUUUUAUUUUUGAAUACUUUAAAAAUUCUAUAUUAUUUAAUAGAGGUUGCCAUAAUAUUUAA